CUUGUCCUAUCCCAUCGUCUGGUUGGUUAGCGUACUUUCUCCUCGAUCUGCCUCCCGGGGAUUCUGUAUUGUUACCAAGAGUUCACCGCCUCUGCCCGCUCCGCCCGAGCUUCUAAACUAGGUCGGGUAUUAGCUAUAUGGAAAUCUUCAAUCCCGUUGGAUAGAUUGCCGCUUUGCCGUUUCUUACUCCACCUUCGGUUGGGAACGAGUGUGUAGUUACCAACUCAGCAUCAGCAUCGUCUACGAUCCACCUCCGUAUUUACCGCCGACAGCAGUACCACUUUCGAGUUUAUACGUACACGAUCCUCCAUCUAUAAUAUUGCCUGUCUAGAGGCGUGCGAAGCUUCGUAAUGGCCACCCCGGGUUCUAACAGCACUGGGGAGGGCGGAGAGACGGGUAAGGCGGCCGGCUUCAUACCGCUGGUGACGGUUGUAGACUUCCACCACCAUCGAGGUCCCGAAGUCGAGAGAUGGUUUGGCGUAGCCGAAGGGCAAGACCCAGCAGCCGACUAUGACUGGACGUUGCUCCCAUUCAUGGCCCUGAGCGAUGGGGCUCACGCGUCGACGGAAGACUUCUCGUAUUUUACCCUUCUACGGCCGGCUACCGACGAUUCUCCCGCAACAUCUCUCUUCGGCAUAUCAUGUACAAGACAAUUAGACGCCUCGCAAUUGCUGGUUCGACCUGCCGAUGUGACGCGUUCAACUGUUCAAAAGGCUGUCGUGGUGAUAGCGGACAGCCCGCAAUUCUUUGGCAUGCUUAGGGAGCGGCUAUCUAUCGUUACCAAUGCUUGGUUUGCUCAACGCGAGUUCAGUGAUACCGAAAUAUUGCGGCGAUUUCAAGAGAGCCUUGCGGAUGAAAAGACACGCGGUCAGAUGAACGAAGAUGUGGAUAGGGAUCAAUACCUGGGUAUGAGCCUCCGAGAACUGGUAAGGGAGUUCCGUUGGCAAACUCUAGUGUUGCUGAAAUGUUGUCUUCUACAGCCCAAGAUGCUCUUUUUCGGCUCGCGAUGCGAGCGCCUGUGCAUGAUGCAGUUCUCCCUCAUCUCCUUAAUACCGGGUUUGCUUAGAAGCCUUCAAGACUGUGCAGGUCCCGACUUGAACAACUACGAGAAAAAUCUGAGUAGGCCGACGAGCUUGAGGUCUAGUGACCGAAAUUCGUUACUUUCAUACAUGGGACUACCACUACAAAUAUUCGGCAAGGGAAGUUUGUUCGGACCAUACACGCCCUUGCAACAAUUGGAUGUCCUGGCGGACUUCGGCACUAAAUCAUAUAUAGUUGGCAGCACGAAUUCAUUACUAUUACAGCAAAGGGACCGAUACAGCGAUAUACUAAUCAACCUCGACGAGAACACGAUCAAUAUUACCUCCACCUCUCUACGCACCGCAUUGGCACUUUCCCAUUCCGAUAGACGAUGGAUUGAUGUUAUCACGCAAGAAGUGAAUGACACAUGGGACGAAGCAAAUCCAGGUCGGCCGAAGACAAUGGGAUACCGUGGCAGCGAAGAAUUCAUCCGGCUUCAAUUUGAAGAAUAUCUCCUAUCUCUCAUCUCUUCAGUCAAAUAUCAUAAUUAUCUCACCCAGAACGCCCACAACCCCAAAGCGCUUCUUCCGCACAUCGAGGGGGACCCUUCAGUGGAUUUCAGCAACGAAUGGGUUGAAUAUUGGAUGAGGACGGAGAAUUAUCGCAUGUGGAGUUCACAUACAGAUUCGCACCUGUUUGACAUCGUUGAACCGAAGCAUCCCUGUGCUGGGGGGCUUACCGUCGACGAUGUUCAGCGACGGAUCCAGCAACAGGUUCAAGACCUCCAUCUGGACGAAAGGUUCGCAGUUGGCAAGGAGGUUCUGGGGAGGAACCUAGCUGCAGGACGCGAUAAGGCAAGCACUAUGUUUAACAGGUUUUAUGCUGAUAUGGAAACUCUCCGCGAAGCGCAAAGGAAACGCGCCGAAGAGACCCAGGCAGCAGAAAAGAACGGUUCCGCGACAAAUGAUGCAGACUCAGGCAAGACGCAGCAAGCAGGGGGUUCGGUCAGCUCGAGAGCCGGCGCAUAUAUCGGUAGCUGGACUUCAUGGGCAGAUCAGAAACGGAAGCAAGGGUGGGGUCGAUCAAGCGGAAGCGCUAGCAGUGGCGGAUGGGGAUUUGGUAGUAAACGGUUGUCGAGAGGGUUUAACAUGGAUUCGGGCAGCGAAAAGAACGCCACGCCCCUUAGCAGUCCGGCACUCUCGUCCCCGGGAUUUACUUCUACCGAAAAAAUCCAAAUGUCGGAUGUGCAACACCGGUCUAGCGAGGGUACCGAUAGGAGGCCGCUUACUCAAGAUAGUUUUGGUGAGAGUCUGCUUGAUACUGCGGGUUCGACCGAGAGUGGAGCUUCUAGUCCGGCUAGUGUCCGGAAGCCUACCCCGGCCCCGGAACGCGGUGAUACGAUCAAUGGGUCGAAGUUAGAAGAAGUAAAAGAGCAAAGUGAAGUUGCGGAGGCAGCUGUGGAAAAGAAGGGUGAGGAGAAGAAGAGCGAAGAAAAGAGUGAGGAGGAAAGUAAAGAGAAGAUAGAGGAGCCGAAAGCAGCUGUGGAGACAACCGCAUAGCGGCAAAUAUAUACGAUGCCUACAUAUAAAGGUAUGACCGCGAGGGAUGAUAGUAGGAAAGGAGAUACAAGUACUCAAGGCAUCGAUUGGAUAAGAACGCAGGCUUGCUUAAGAAGCAACGGAUGAAGGGCCGAAUAGAGCGGUACGGCUAGACCUGGAUGAGGCUUUCUUGGCAUAGCUAUGGCUAGGAGCAUUUGACGGGAUGACUACGGGGGUGCAAGACACGCGGAUGAGAUGAGGGAUGUGGAGGUACCGAUUUAUAUUAUACACGUCUCCCUCCUUCCCUAGAUACCCUUGGGGAUGGGGAUAGGGGAAUGACGAUGGCCCACAGCCGAAUUACGUAGUAGGUAGGAUGAAAUGAAUCGAAACGAUUUGAAAUUCGACGAAUUAUGAAUCAUGGAUCACAAUGAAAUAAUUAACG